CUGGAUUCCAUAGCACCGAGGCUCUUCUUUUUUUUGCCCACACUGAAGGUAUGAGGCUGUAAGAAUUUGUUACACUCCAGAUUCUGAGACGCUCACAGCCAUUUGCUUCACUGUCCUGCGCAGGCCAACCUCAUGGUUAACUGUAAUGCCCAUCCCCCCACACUGUGUGAACUGCCUGUCCCCGGCAGAGCUGGCUGUAAACCACACCAGGUCUAUUAAUUAAUUAAUGUACCCUAACUGCGGGGUUGGCUCCCUCCAUUGUAGUGGAGCAGUUUUUCAGCUGGCUGCAGUGGUGACCGCUGGUGUGUCUUUGGGUUCCUGCAGUGUAGUGGCAGGGAGGCAAGAGAUAGAGGAGAGCAGCAGACAAAUGUGGAUGGGAGGAAACCGUUAGCACCAUAGUCACCAUUAAUCACCCAGGGCCAUUGUGGUCCUGCCCUGUACACGGCGCCAGCACAGGCAGGCAGGCAGACAAGGGAGAAAGAGGAGGAGAGGAAGAAGCAGAGGAAGAGGGAGAGAGAGAGGGGGCAGGGUGGCUGCAGAGAGAAAGAGGGGCAGAGAAUGGUUGGGGAUCAGCCUGUAUGUCCACCUCAGCUCCUACUGCGGGGCUGGGGAGCAGUGCUGCUAUCUCAGUGCUUGUCCUCCGUCUUCUCCCAGAUCCCGGAUCCUGAGCUUUUACCCACAGAUCCCCCAAAGAAGCCAGACCCUGUGAACUCAGAGACCGUUGUUUUCUGGGGGCUGCGGUUAUGGCAGGUCAUCGGCAUCUUUGCAGUGUUUGUUUUGGCUGUUGUCAUCACUCUGUGUUGCAUAUUCAAAUGUCGAAUCCCGAGAACCAAAAAGGAAAUAGAGGCACGACACGCACAGCGGCAGGCCGCCAAGAAAUACGCCAACACGUUAGAGACAGUGCCACCUCUGAAUGAGCUGACUGAGAUCCCAGGAUCUGCAAAAGCAGAAGAAAAGGAGGAGGUGACAACAGUCUCCGGGAAAGUGGAUGGCGAUAAAGGAGAAAAGAAGACCAAGGAGGGCAAGAAAGAGGGCAAGGGUGCCAAAGAGGGGAAGGGAGAUGAAAAGGAAGCAUCGACAAAGAAGAAGGGCGAAAAAGGUGAAAAGGCAGCAUCCAAGAAAGAAGGUGGCGAAGGCAAAGGGAAGAAAUCUGGAGAGAAGGGAGACAAAGUGGAAAAAGGAGAGAAAGGAGGCAAAGGAGGAGCUAAAGGGGGAGCGAAGAAAGCUCAAAAGUGAACUCUGGCUUCCAUGGACAUUUUUCACUUCAAACAUUUUAGACACUUUUUUUCUAAAAUGAAAUUUGUAUGAUAUUGUAUUUGCAAUAAAGAAAAAAAAAAAGAUGAAAAUGCAUUAUUGGUAUUUUGUCCACAUCAGAAUCAUGAAAG